GACGCCGGUCUCAUUUGCAUAGCGGAGCGCGCCGGCGCGUGUGACGCAGCGCCGUUCACGGGCGGUGCGGUUUGCAUGUGAUUAGCAUCUGAUUAGCAUCUGAUUUGCAUGCGGUGCGGCGGCGCGGAGCCAUGUCGGCGGCGCCCCGGCACGGCGGCCCCCGGCGGGGCAGGAGCGGGGCCCUGCGCGGCGGCGAGAAGAAGUGCUCAUGGGCGUCCUACAUGACCAACUCCCCGACACUGAUCGUGAUGAUCGGCCUGCCCGCCCGCGGCAAGACCUACGUCUCCAAGAAGCUCACCCGCUACCUCAACUGGAUUGGGGUGCCCACCAAAGUGUUUAAUUUAGGAGUGUAUCGCCGGGAAGCGGUGAAGUCUUACAAGUCCUAUGACUUCUUCAGGCACGAUAACAAAGAAGCCAUGGAAAUCCGCAAACGAUGUGCCUUAGUGGCUCUAGAAGAUGUGAAGGCUUACCUCUUGGAGGAGUGCGGGCAAAUAGCUGUGUUUGAUGCAACCAACACAACUCGAGAAAGACGGGACCUGAUUUUAAAUUUUGCUAAAGAAAACGCUUUCAAGGUGUUUUUUGUGGAGUCUGUCUGUGACGAUCCAGAAGUCAUCGCUGCCAACAUCCUGGAGGUGAAAGUUUCCAGCCCCGACUACCCGGAGAGGGACAGGGAGAACGUGAUGGAUGAUUUCCUGAAGAGGAUUGAGUGCUACAAGGUCACUUACCAGCCCCUUGAUCCCGAUGCUUAUGACAAAGAUCUUUCCUUCAUUAAAGUGAUCAAUGUGGGACAGCGGUUCCUAGUAAACAGAGUCCAGGAUUACAUCCAGAGUAAAAUCGUCUAUUACCUAAUGAACAUUCAUGUCCAGCCGCGUACCAUCUACCUUUGCCGACAUGGUGAGAGUGAAUAUAAUCUUGUUGGCAAGAUUGGUGGGGAUUCUGGUCUGUCGCCGCGCGGGAAGCAGUUCUCUCAGGCGCUGAAGAAGUUCAUCGAGGAGCAGGAAAUUGUUGAUCUGAAGGUGUGGACCAGCCAGCUGAAAAGGACGAUCCAGACGGCCGAGUCCCUGGGGGUCACGUACGAGCAGUGGAAGAUUCUCAACGAGAUCGAUGCUGGGGUUUGUGAAGAAAUGACCUACGCGGAAAUCGAAGCCAAGUAUCCAGAUGAGUUUGCCUUGAGGGAUCAGGAGAAAUAUCUGUAUCGCUACCCUGGAGGAGAGUCCUACCAGGACUUGGUCCAGCGCCUGGAGCCGGUAAUUAUGGAGCUAGAACGGCAAGGCAACGUCCUCGUUAUCUCCCACCAGGCGGUUAUGAGGUGCCUGGUGGCUUAUUUUCUUGACAAGAGCGCAGACGAGCUGCCCUACCUGCGCUGCCCCCUCCACACCAUCCUCAAGCUGACGCCCGUUGCCUACGGCUGUAAGGUGGAGACGAUCACCCUGAACGUGGAAGCAGUGAACACCCACCGCGACAAACCCUCGCUGAACGCAAGCAGCCUUCCCGCCAGCCAAACCCCUGUAAGGAUGAGAAGAAACAGCUUUACGCCGCGGGCCAGCGCGGACACGGUAAAGCGCCCACGACAUUACAGCGUUGGGAGCAAACCUCUCGACCUGCUGGGGCCUCUCCCCUCCCUGGAAGCUCGAGAUGGGGCCGAGCGGCCGCAGCUGCAAGUCGGUGUCCAGGUGGUACCUUCCCUACGCUCCCCCUCCCCGCCCUCGCCCAUGGCCCCCCCUGAAAUACAGACCCUUCCCCAGGUCUUAAUCACUAUCUCUGUUCACGCAUGAAAAUCAUUCUGGGUUAGGUUCCCUUUAAAAAAAAAAAAAAGUAGUCCACCAAAAAACCACCCCAAACCCCAAAAGUCACCCCAUUAAACUAGAAUUUUGAUGCCAGAGACUUCAAAAAUCAGGCUCCACGCAGGCGAGUUUCUAUCAGUGCAGUAGGGUUUUGGUCGGGCGGUUAAUUCUGGGCAACAUCUCACUUUCCAGCAAAAACCUGGUUGGAAAGAGUUAGAAAUGCCCUCUCUGUCCUCAUUCCAUGCUGCAGCCAAGCGUUGCUUUAGCCCCAGAGCAACUGGGUAGGAAAUCUUUGCAUCCGUGAUUUUUUUCGGUGCCCGUUUCCCUGCAGAUCCCAACGUCAUCAGCUUGUUGAGCAAAGUUUGGGCUCUUUGGGUGCCCGAAUUAAAGCAGCUUGGGUUUUGGUGCUUGGCGUUUCGUUCAGCUUAGGAGCACGUAGGUCCUCAUCGGUGUUGGAUGCCGAAGCCCCGUUUGUUUCUUUGCUCAUGUAAAAUCGUUUCUCUGCUAAAUUAGGAGUUUUUCUGUGCCUGGGAGACCACAGGCAGAGCGGGCUGCACCCUUCGAGGAGGUCCUUGUGCAGACACAGCCAUCGUUACUAAAGCUGUCUAAGAAUAAAAUGAACUUGGGUAAUUUAGAGGUUAAUGGUAUUCAGUGAGCCCAGUUCUUGUUCUCCUCCGCCCCGUCAGCAGAGCGAGUGGCCAGAGAGGAAAAGAAGGGCGAUGGAGUAAAAGAAGGGCGAUGCAGCACAGGUGACCGUUGCUGGUGUUCCCGUGCUCGGUGGAGAGCAUGAGGCUGAGACAGCCGCCGUGUCCCGGGGCUCCGCUGGGAACUGAGCCAGCCGGGGCUUUCCCCGCCGCAGCCAUGGGUGAAGGGUCUCCGCUGGAGGGGACCCCGAGGGCUCGAUUUGCGGGUGCCUCCAGCGGGGCAGCCCCGGGACGGGCACCCCCACCCCGACCGCUGCCCGUUGGUGGUUGUACCCUCCGUAACCCUGGUGUUGGAGCAGCGGCAGCUCCGGGACGGAGGAGCGUUGGGGAGCCCUGGGUGCUGGGGUGGGGACUGCACUGUCCCUGGCCUGAUGGAGCCCUGGAGAUGCCCGGCCGUGGAGGAGGUGGCCGGGCGCGAUGUCCUUGUAUCAGCUCUGCUGUCGUACAGGCCUGCCCUCAGCUCCCUGACAUGAAACCUUUGGGGUUGCUUCACUUCUUUCCUCAUUUGCUUUGCUGCUUUUACUAUUAUUUUAAAGUAUCUCCUUUAAAAAUGCACUCUGAGCUAUCCUGUGCUGUUUCUUUUUCCUUUGCAGCCUCAAGGGGGAAAUGCUUGCCUGUGAGUACCACUGAAAGCAGCUUGUAUGUACUCUCUUGUGGUUUAGUAAGUAGGACUUCUCUUGAUUAAUGUUGCAUGGAAACUGCUUUGGGGAAAGACAAACGCGUGGAGCAGAGGGAAGUCUUUUGCUGUGUAAUAACCUGUCGUUAAGGGGGACCUCAGUGGGGGAGGAAUAUGUUACUGGGGCUGAGCCUGCUGGUCUGGGGGCUCCGGCUGGACUUACCGGUGGAUUGUGCUUGUGCUGGCUGCCCGAAAAAGUGUGUGUCACCCCGAGCCUGCUCCGUCCCUGGAGCGGGUCCCGAUGUGGGAGCGCUCUGUGCUGGCGCUGCUGGGCUGAGCCACGUCGCUCGUCGUGAGCGGGUCCCACUCGCGUCUCCUCCCCGCCUGGGACGGGACACGGUGGCCGUCCUUCUCGCAGGGACUUUGCAGGAGAUGUUGGGUCGCAGCCUUGUCGGGGGAGCGGAGCCACGCGGCCCCAGCUCCCCGUGGCUCGGAGCUGGGCGGGUUUAGCGUGUGUUUGGGAAGCGGCCGCGUGGAUAAACCUGUGCCGGUGGCAGUUGUCACCGAGUCCACACCGCCACCUCCCUUUGGAAGCAUCUUUGAAUGGGGGUGAAGAGAGCAGGGCUGUCUUUCUCCCACCCUAAGGGGAGAACGUGUCCUUGUCUGUCCCCCCUCUCCAGGGAGCCACCAGCCAGCGUCACCCAUGAGACCUUGGCUUCCCUCUCAGCUGCCGAGUAAGGGGCAGGGAUGGGACCGUGGCCACCACCCCGCGUAGAAAGGCCAGAGACGCCCUCGCUUCGCCCCGCUCCCGCCGGCCCCGUGCCCCCGCUCUGCUGGUGGCCGUGGCAGACCCCAGACCCCGCUGCAACCCCUCGCUUGGCUGACCGGGUGUUUCGCCUCAUGCAGUACAUCCCCCGCUGAUGGGGGUUUUUUUGUCUUGUAAAUGUUUUUUGCCAUUUAGGUGCUCUCUCCAGGGGCCCGGCUGUAUUGCGUGGCACGUCCCUGUGUGGGGCUGUGGGACGGUCCCGUAUCGCGUCCUCGGCGCGGUGCUGUGCUUGUCCCCGUGCGCUGGGGUGACAUACACCUUUCGGGGGGGGGGUUCUCCGCCAUGGGAGCACCCACAGUGCCAUGCGGAAGGGUGGGCUCAGAGGUGGCACGAGCCGUGUCCUCGGAGGCUUUGGGUGCCUGUGUCUGGGCUGCCGGGGUUGUUGCUGACCUGCUCCCGGAAAGCUCUGCUCCCUCCUCGCCUCUGCUCCUGCUGCUCUGGCGUCAAAGGGAGAGCUGGGCUCGGGGCAAAGGAGGUGCGGCGGCGGCCGGUUCGGCUCCCAGAUGCCGGGCGUUACGAGGGGAUGCGGGUUUGUGGGGAACUGCCCCGUUCCGCUGCGGCAGGGUGGUCCCCGCGGUGACGGGGCGCAGGUCUCGCCGCCACAGGACACGGCUCAGCUCCUGCCUCUGCCCACCUUCCUCCAGGGCGAGGAACUCCUGCCUGAACGUACGCCGCCGUUUGGAUGGGCGGCUUUUCCCUUUAAUCGCACUUUGACCUUUGAAGUGAAGCUUCUCCAACAGUUUUCUCAACGCGACUGCUCUGUCUUUCUCCAUCACGGGCAUUGACGCACAUGUUGUAGGACACAAAGGUGUGGGGUUGAUGCUGGAGGCGCGCGCCUCUGUCUCCUGUUCUCUAAUUUGCGACGGCGUUUUUAAUAACGCUGCCGAGUUUUCUUACCGACUGUGCUGCCAAAGCUGCAGAAGCGCACAAAGCACCAAGCUCGGCUGUUGCUGUAGAGCAUCUCCCACGCUGGGAAUGGCCGACUUGGGAACGGUCCAACCAGUAGCGAUGCAAAAAAGGCGCAUUUCUCCUAAAAUUGCCUGUCUCCCUGUGUUUCAGAGGCCUUAAUGUUGAAGGUGAGGGGAAAAGGGGAAAGAACCUGAGCUGGGAGAGCUUGUGAUAAGUCUGGUAAAUCGUUGCUCCUCUACUGAGUGAUGUUAAUUUAGAAUUAUCCGUAGGCUAAAAAUCAAAGCCUCUCCCCUUUGGAUUUGCCUUUACUCUGAGCCAAAAGGAGCUGUGUGUUUAGAAAAUGAAUGUAUAUGCCAGCUUGGCAAAAUGACUUUUCAAACGCUGUGCUUCAAGUGCUUUUUUCCCUUAUGUUUAAACAAACACAGACUUCCUAGGAAGGUCUGCAGAUGAGUGAAGGGAAUUUGGUUCAACAUCCUCGAUUCCAGUAAAAACCGUCUUCCUUCUCAGCGUUGGUGCUUUGCUUGAGAAAGUAGCGUGUGUGCAGCUGUUACGGAUCACGUGAUGGUUACUUCCUAAGGGUCAUUGUUGGGAAAGCUCUUUAGAUAUUAAUUCUUUUUUUUUUUUUUUAAUUGCAAAUAGAAAAUAUGUAGGGUCUGGAUUUCCUGACUGAUAUUAAGUGUUGAUGCCUACUGUUAAUUGGCAGCAAAUCGGCUUGAUAUCUGUGCCACUUUUUUUUUAUUGCAAAACCGCGCUGGUUGGGAAACAAGACAAAUUGCCCUUAUCGAUUUGCAGGUGGGCUCGCGGUGUCGAGGCGCCGCGGCUGAGCCGAGCGGGCACCGAACGGAGCCUUUCCGAGCAUUUUCCGUGCUCUGAGAACAUUGCAUGAGCAGCAGCUGUGUAGGAAAUCCUGGCCGCCAGAUUUCAACUUGUGUCAUUUGUGCAUUUGUAAAUACACAAUUCGCUUGUACUGACCCGCGUGUGUUUCCGUCGAACUCUCGGGGAGGCAAUGGAAGGAGUUCUAUCAAAGCUCUAAGUUUUUUUUGUGGUUAAUACGCAAAAUGGUUACUGUAAUGGGUUUUUUAUGUUUGUCCUGGAAGUGUAUUUUCCUAUGGAGAAGAUAAAUAAAAGCGAGUAACCCUGA